UGGUUCUGGCUGAAGUGAUCAAGGCAUUUGGUUCACCAGAAAAUGCCCAGCGCAUGGAGGAAGCAAGGGACAAUGCCUGCAAUGACAUGGGCAAGAUGUUGCAGUUCUUGCUGCCAGUGGCUACUCAGAUCCAGCAGGAUGUGAUCAAAGCGUACGGUUUCAGUAAUGAUGGGGAAGGAGUCCUAAAAUUUGCCCGCUUGAUAAAAUCUUAUGAGACCCAGGACCCUGAAAUUGCAAGCAUGUCUGGAAAGCUGAAGUCCAUGUUCCUGCCUCCGAUGACACUGCCUCCCCAUGGGGCUGGGACAACGGGUGUUGCAGCAUCGUGAAGCUCGUGGUCCUUUCGUUGUUUGCCUGUCUCAAGGCCAUGGUCCAAAGCACACUUCAGAAAUAAUCCAGUUUGAGAAUUGUUUUAACUGCCCUGGUUCAGUGCUAGAGAAUCCUGGGAACUGUAAUUUAUUGUGGCAUCAGAGAAGGCUAAAUGUCUCACAAAACUACAGUUCCCAGGAUUCCCUAGCAUUGAGCAAAGACAGUUAAAGUGAUUUCAUACUGGAUUAUUUCUGCACUGUGUUUCAGACCUAUGUUACUGCCUUGCAUAAAUGUUAGUUAAGCAAACUUGGGGCAUUCUUUCCUUCCAGUUGCAUGUUUUUGUUAAUAUUCAUGUAUAGUAUUCCUUCUGUGUUGUGUAUGAUUUUUUUGUUGCUUGUGGGUAAAAACUUGUAAAUAUUUCCAUGCAUUUUUAUGACUUGUUGAGCCUCUGAGCUAGACAUUUUCAACCCCAUGGUGAUAAACCACGGCUGAUGAACGUGAGUCAGAACAGCUCCAGUGCUGCCACCAUACACACCAUCUCUGUUUUCUGUAUGUGAGCACACACAGUUCUUUAUUAGCAUCUUCCCAGGCUCAGGAUAGUCAGUGUGUCAGGGCCCUGACUUGCUUAUGGAAGUAUAACAAUAAUUAAAACACAUACCAAGAAACUGGAGACUUGAAAUUUUGUGCACAUAACCCAAGACAACCUAAUUAUGAUAGCUGUAAAUUAAGUAUCCAUCCAUCUCUUUUGAACAGGAGAAAAUAAAAGGUGUGUCAAAACA